GGCGGAGGGGGUGGUUGGUUGACUCCGGACAGCUUCGUCCGGCUGCCCCGCACGCCCGCCCCUCCUCGGUCACCACUCUUGGCGGCUACUCCGCGCAGAUGAUAGGCUGAACUUCCCUCGGCUGGCUCCCCGGGAGUGUGUGAGGGGACGAGGUGGGGAAGGAGACUCGGGGGCGCUGGCGGCUGCCGGUUUGGUCUCGGCCUCCCCGCCUUCAGAGCACCCCCUCCCAGGAUAAGACACCAUCUCCGCCGGUGGUGGAGGGGCAGCUCCCCGGACCACUUCCUUCCCUCCCUCCUCAGUGCCUUCCGCACCCCAUCCCUGAGCCCGGUCCUUCUGGGCUUGCAGCCAGCCCCUCGCAAUAGAGCAGAUGCGAGAUUGGAGGAGGGAGUUUGGUCAGGGAUGGGAUUUAACAAAUUCCUUGGGGACCUUGAUUCCCAGGGAAGAAUGAAUGUCAGUGACCCAGCACGGACUGGGGACCCAGUCAGGCAGCCCAGAAAAAGGGAGACUAUGUACAAACAGAUGUAAAGACCACUAACAACAUACGUGAUUCUGUCUACGAGGCUGGGACAGGAUAUGAGGUGCGAAGAAUCCAGUUUCAACCAAGUGGUGUAUCCAAAAAAAGAUGUCAUCUCAAUAUUGGUUUAUGUUUAUUUUCCACUGACCCUGUGGGUGAAGAUAUCCUUGACCGUUACUCCACCGGAAUAUGUUCCAGUCCAUCCGAUGUUACAUCACAAGGUUAAGAGAUAUGGAGAUCUCCACAAGGAUUUGGAGAAGAGUCCCAAUAAUUAUUAAAAUUCUGGACUAGAUCUAUUAGGAAAGGUAGAUGGACUAUAAGACGCUUGCCCAAGAAACUGCUCACGAAAUUUUAGGAUACAAUCAAGAUACAUCAGGCUGGAAAGUGGUUAAGACUUCAAAAAAGAUAACUGUUUCCAGCAAGGCUUCUAAAAGAUUCCAUGGAAAUCUAUAUCGUGUUGAAGGAAUAAUUCCAGAAUCAACAACUAAGCUAUCUGAGUUCCUCUACAAACCUGAAAACAGAGUUACAUGGGAUAAAUCAUUGAAAGUGUACAAUAUGGUACACAAGAUUGAUUCGGACACAUUCAUAUGUCAUACCAUUACACAAAGUUUUGCCAUGGGCUCAAUUUCCCCCCGAGACUUUAUCGACUUAGUAUACUUCAAGCACUGCGAAGGGAAUAUGGAUAUUAUCAGUUCUAACAGUGUGGAUUUUCCAGCAUACCCACCAUCGUCAAAUUACAUACGUGGUUAUAACCAUGCUUGUGGUUAUAUAUGUUCUCCUCUGAAAGAGAACCCAGCACAUUCCAAACUAGUGAUGUUUAUCCAGACAGAAAUGAAAGGAAAAUUGUCCCCAUCAAUAAUUGAAGCAACCAUGCCUUCCAACUUAAUAAGCUUCAUCCUCAAUGCAAAAGAUGGAAUAAAAGCACACAGAAUUCCAUCAGGACACGGAUCUCAUCCUAACGGCCACUCAUCUUUCCUAAAAAAGAAAUGAGGCCACAGAAGAGCAUGCGUGGCAGUCAUUGCCACUCACCUCCAAGUCAAUGUGCAUAAAUACUGUUAAACUUUGCUAGACGGUAUCCUUGUACAAAUUACUGAAGGCACCUUGUGAAAAUAAGAACUCACAGUCGUGCAAGAGAACAGCAUUCAAUAUAGUUUUUAAUCUCAUAUAAGAAUGAUGUGAAUAACAAGUGUCCUUUAAUGUACUUUUAUCUUUUGUUUUGUUCCCCCUGGAAAAUGCCCUGCAAAAGAAUCAGUAAGAAAGCAUACACAGUCAGAGGUCAGCAUUAAUUAAAAAUUAAAAUAUA